AUGUCGACCCCAUCUCUUCUUGAAUACGCGCGAUUUCAUGGUCUUGCAAUCGACCACGGUCAAAAGGAUCCUUUCGCAUAUCUCGAUGCUCUCGAACCUGAAUGCGAUCUUGUGGAAGUUGAUGCUGCCUUGUCUGAUCCUACGUUUCCUUCCUACAAAGCAUCUAUUCACGAGCCGAAACUGCAGCUGGGUCGAGAUGCCAGUCAGAUUCUCUCCGAAAGCAUCAAAGAUCCGUGUCCAGAUAUAUCAGGCCAGUACCUAUUUCCCAGGUUUCACAGGUUGAAAAGCCUCAAGCUUGAAGAGCCUUUGUUGUCUACUGACCACGCAUUUGACGUCUGGAACUUCAAGCGAAGCGCCGCCGCUGGUCUUGGGUUGAAAAGCCUUCUUGUCCAGGCUGAAACGUCUGGUAUUGCAGGCAGAGACCAAGCCGCAGAAGAAUGGGAUAAUGCUCUCUUUGGGAGGAGCUACGAAAGAUUCUCCGAUCAGGUGAGACACGAGAGGCUACAUGUUUCUAGAGAGGCUUUGUCUCGUAUAUCCAAGAACUGCAGAGAUGAAGGGAAUGGAAUGGACAAGUACCGUGUUCUGAUGGAGGGACUGGAUUGGAAGACAGACACAAGACAAGCCGAAUCCUACCCGCUCAUGCACUCAAGCCUGCUUCCUAGUCCGAGCCCGCCAUUAUUGCCCAAACACAACAGCCGUCUAGAGGAUACGGAUGAACUUGACAUUGGCAAACCCCAGCUCGAGGUCGAUGAAUAUUUAGAUACGGAUGCUGCUACUAUAGUGAGCGCCGAACAUCAUGCAAUUUCGCAGAUUGAGGAGCUGCCCAUCGAUACUUCUCCGAAGAUGCAAGAACAGUCGGGAGAUAGUGCAACACUAUUGAAGGUGGGAAUAAGGGCCCCUAGAAAUGUCAGCCAAGAUAGUGUCGACAAUACACGAGUCAUCAGGCCGCAGCCCUUUGACAUUUCCAGCCCAGCCUUAUCCGUACUUUUGAAGCUUCGAACUCAGGCACAGUCUCUAAAAGCAUGCAUUCCGGACUUACAGCCGACCCGAUAUCAAUUAGCAGGAACGUGUACAAUGCAGGGUGAUAUCUUGGAGGACCUCUUCAGCAAAUCUCAGCUCCACACUCUUUUUGCCACAACACUCGAAGAGAACAAUCUUUCGAAUUGGCACCAAUUUGACACUGCCGAAUUUCAGGACAUCCUAAGAGAAUCCAUCAACGAUGCCGGACGUCUUCCAGAAAUCAUGGCUUCUUCACCAAAUAUCAUGCCGAGCGAGAAAAUGCUUUGGAAACGACCUGGUCUGGUGCUCCUAGACUCUGAAGACUUUAGCGACGUGCAGAUGGACAUUGACAACGACCUACGUCAGGAUGUUUCAGCGGAGCCCCUGGCCCAGGUCCCGCAGAAGAGAUGUGCCCCUGAUGCCAAACUUGAUAUCCAAUCAUCUAGGAAGAAACAGCUGUCGGAUUCAGGAAAAAUUCCAACGAUGCCACCACGUGGCUCUUUUCAGCCAAAUCGAGGCCGUCUAAAAGAAUUGAUAGCCUCUCAACUCCGCAGUCCGGUGUCAAAUGUGUCUGUGGUAGCUCAGAAGGAAUCCAAGCCCCACGGGACCAGUCGCUUUUCCGCGGCGAAGUCACUGAGCACGUUUCUGGAUCUUCGUGGUAGUAAGUUCAAGAGAGCGAUCUUCUCUGAGAACGCCAAUCAGCAGCAGCUAUCGGAUGACCCGAUACAAAGUACACCGUCAGAGGGCUCGGACAUUAUCAGGAUAUCUCCACACAACGAUACUAAAGUCGCCUCGCAGCGGCAAGUUCAGAUGAUUUUAACGCCAUUAGCUAUGGCCAGCAUGACGAAUAUGUGCCUGAAAAAUGAUAUACUUGCUUUGGAGAAAUUUGACCCCCCAAAGUCCAUUGUUAUCAAUACAGAAAUGCUUCGGAAAGAUCGAUGCCUCAUGGCCUCUCUCGAAACUAACGCAGAGGGCUCAUUAUCCAUGAUUUACCGAGACAUGGACUCGCCAGAUAUCAUCUUAAAUCCUCGCUCGUGCCUCAUCUUUACUAAUUUACAAUCUUUGAACCAGAGAAAACUGCCCGGUCAAUACGGCUCAGCAGGAGAAGGGCUAGUACAGAGUACAGUCUCACGAUUGGCACCAGAGUACGAAAUAAUAUUUGUCCUUGUUGUGGUACCCGAUCCUGGUGGAUGUGUCUCUACGAAUAUCCAAGAUAUCAUGGCCAUUUUCGCUGAAUUUUGUGUGAGUAAGAGUGACAGGCACACAGAGGCUCGCCCAAUCUGGAUCUCAACCAACAUGGGUUCGAGCACCAUGAGCGAUAACCUUCAAAGCUGGGUCUGGACACUGAUCCAUCAGUACGGAUUGCCUAUACCUCAGCCGAGUCAGCUCAGUGCCGUCAUCCCCGAUAACUUAUCAUUGAUUCACGAUGAAACGAUCGGGGAAAAUUUUCUUCGAAAAGCUGGCCUCAAUCCGAUGGCAGCUCAAGUGGCACUUCACGUAUUGAAGAGACAAAAGGCCACGUUCGGACAGGUCUCGGAGAGCGUUGGCUUGAAGGAACUUGCUCACCUCGAAACCGAAGGACGAAUGAACUGGCUUCGGGAUGUGCUGGGUUCCAAGAUGGUGACGAAAAUGAAUCUAGCCUUUGAGACUCAGUGA